UACCUGUAACACCUGAGGUAAUCCUUCCAAUUGAUCCAUUUGUGACACCUGAAUUUCCUCGGUUUUCAAGGCUUGCACACUGGAUGGAUCUACGGGGCAUAUAUCGUGUACCGUUUUAUAUCAAUGGAAAAGAAAUUGAAAAAGAGUUCUUUCAAAAAAUGGACGAUGCAGAAAACAAUCUCAACAAAGAGCACAUAAAUGUUGCAUUUGAAAUGCUAAAUUGUAAGAGGGUUGAGCAAGGUGCUUGGUUCCGCAACAACAAUCUUCCAGCAGCAUGCUUUGUACCAGUCAAAUUCUUAGAAGUGGUUGGGUACGCUUAUGAAUCUGUCAGGAAGCCACAUAAGAAAAAAACAAACGUUAUUGGAGGGCUGUGUAGGCGAACUUGUGAAAGGUUGAUUAGUGCCAUAAAGAUGGAACUUCUUGGUAAGAGGUCACUGGGAUUGAAGAGCAUGGCUAAUAUAAAUGAUGAAACUGCGAUGGACUUACGAAGCAAGCUAUGUUGUGAGAUCUUCAACCAGUUUAUGGAUAAAGAUUUCCAGGAAGGUCAAAGGAAGUGA